AUGGCCGCGGCGCUGCGCGCGCAGCCGCCGGCCACGGCGUGGCUCGUCGCCACGGGCUCCCUGACCAAUGUCGGCGCGCUCUUCCGCGCGCACCCGGAUCUCGCGGCGCACAUCAAGGGCCUGAGCCUGAUGGGCGGCUCGCUCGGGGACAACUUCUCCGGCGCCCCGCUCGGCACCGUCGCCGGCCGCCCGCGCAUCGGCAACGUCACCCCGUUUGCCGAGUUCAACAUCGUCAUCGACCCCGAGGCCGCCGCCGAGGUCUUUGGCAAUCCCGUCCUCGCCCCCAAGACGACCGUCGUCCCGCUCGACCUGAGCCACCAGGUGCCGGCGACGGCUGCGGUGAGGGAGAUGCUGCUGCGCGGCCGCGCAGCAGGCGCCAAGACGGCGGCUGGCGGCGAAGGGACGCAGGGCAAGACGGCGGCUGGCGGCGAAGGGACGCAGGGCAAGACGACGCUGCGCACCAUGCUCGUCGAGCUCCUGUACUUCUUCUCCAAAACAUAUGCCGAAGUCUUUGGCAUCACGCAAGGCCCGCCGCUGCACGACCCGCUCGCCGUCGCCGCUGUGCUCGCUGGCACGCCCGACGAGAUACCCUUUUACGACUGGGACGCGGAGCGCAGCGCGGCGCCGCGGUACGACGAGCGCUUCGACGUGGCCGUCGUGACGGCUGGCGUGUUUGAGGACGCCCGGGACGGCAGGGCCGAGACGGGCCGCACCGUCGGCACGCUACUGCCGCGCGGACAGCCGGGUGUGCGCAUACCGCGCUCGCUCGACGUGGCCAAAUUUUGGGACGUCAUCGAGGACUGCGUGGAGCGCGCGGAUGCGGUCAACGCCGCCAACGGGAGGACGUGA